AUGCUUGUUGAUGAUAUUGGUGAUGUAGGAACUAGAAAAGCAGCCCGCGUGGGUCGCGCCGUGCUCCACAGGUCCACCAGAGCACCACCCCCCGACGAAUCAGCAUCAUCGCCGUCACUAAAGCAACCAAUCAUCGAACGGUCAGCAGUGAAUAAAUUAAGAAUCAGAGCUUUCUAAUGUGCCUUUGGCUUAAGCAAUUGAGAUGAGACCUCCAAUGUCCUUCAUUGAAAAAUCCUCGAUUCCCUACGGAAGAUGCAUUCUACUUUUUGGAUUCUGAUUUGCAUGAUUUUGUACUAGUUAUUCAUUUUGCCCAUAUUAAAUUGUUCAACCUCUA